UCCUAGCGCCUGCCCCUCCCUGGCAGUGUCCGGGCUCCGUCGGUCAGAGCAGCUGCCGCAGACGCCACGGAGCCAGCCCAAGUUCGUUGAGAGAAGCUCCGCCCUCUGAGGCCAUGGAGGUGGAGUCUACGGAGGCCCGGUCAUCCUCGGCCCUCGGCUACAAGCGAUCCGGCCGUCGCUACAAGUGCCUGUCCUGUACAAAGACAUUUCCAAAUGCGCCCAGGGCAGCGCGUCACGCUGCCACCCAUGGUCCUGUAGACUACACAGAGGAGGUGGCGGAAACGAAGCUGAAGCCGGAGACAGAACCCAAAGCAGAGGAUGCCAGCGGGGACAAGGUGUCAAGUGCAUCGGCAAAGCCUCGGCCUUAUGCAUGCCCGCUGUGCCCCAAGACCUAUAAAACGGCACCUGAGCUGCGCAGUCACGGUCGCAGCCACACUGGUGAAAAACCCUUCCCUUGCCCCGAGUGUGGCCGCCGCUUUAUGCAGCCAGUGUGCCUGCGUGUGCACCUGGCCUCACAUGCUGGCGAGCUGCCCUUCCGCUGUGCUCACUGCCCCAAGGCCUAUGGCGCGCUCUCCAAGCUCAAGAUUCACCAGCGUGGUCACACGGGCGAGAGGCCGUAUGCUUGCUCCGAUUGCGGCAAGAGCUUCGCCGACCCUUCGGUGUUCCGCAAGCACCGGCGCACCCACGCGGGCCUGCGGCCCUACGGCUGCGAGCGCUGCGGCAAGGCCUACGCUGAGCUCAAGGACCUACGCAACCAUGAGCGGUCCCACACCGGUGAGCGCCCCUUCCUCUGCUCGGAGUGUGGGAAGAGCUUCUCCCGCUCGUCCUCGCUCACGUGCCACCAGCGGAUCCAUGCGGCACAGAAGCCCUAUCGCUGCCCAGCCUGUGGCAAGGGCUUCACGCAGCUCAGCUCCUACCAGAGCCAUGAGCGCACUCACUCGGGCGAGAAGCCCUUCCUGUGCCCACGUUGUGGCCGCAUGUUCUCGGACCCCUCAAGCUUCCGGCGCCACCAGCGGGCGCACGAGGGGGUAAAGCCUUAUCGCUGCGAGAAGUGCGGCAAAGACUUUCGGCAGCCCGCAGACCUGGCCAUGCACAGGCGGGUGCACACAGGCGACCGGCCGUUCAAGUGCCUGCAGUGUGACAAGACGUUCGUGGCGUCUUGGGACCUCAAGCGCCAUGCGUUGGUCCACUCAGGCCAACGGCCCUUUCGCUGUGAGGAGUGUGGGCGAGCCUUCGCCGAGCGAGCCAGCCUUACUAAGCACAGCCGGGUGCACUCAGGUGAGCGCCCCUUCCACUGUAACGCCUGUGGAAAAUCCUUCGUGGUAUCGUCCAGCCUGAGGAAGCAUGAGCGGACCCAUCGGAGUAGUGAGGCCGCAGGGGCUCCCCCUCAACAGGAGCUGGUAGUAGGGCUGGCACUGCCUGUCAGUGUGUCAGGCGAGGGCUCAACGGCCCCGGCAGCAGGUGCAGGGCUAGGGGACCCUCCAGCAGGGCUGCUAGGGCUGCCCCCCGAAUCAGGUGGUGUGAUGGCCACCCAGUGGCAAGUGGUAGGCAUGACGGUGGAACAUGUGGAGUGCCAAGAUGCUGGGGUUGGGGAGGCUCCUGGUCCCUUGGCAGGGGCGGGCGAGGUGGGAGGUGAGGAAGUUGACGAGAAGCCACCGCAGUUUGUGUGCCGGGAGUGUAAGGAGACGUUCUCCACGCUGACGCUGCUGCGACGGCAUGAGCGCUCACACCCAGAGCUCCGGCCCUUUCCCUGCACCCAGUGUGGCAAGAGCUUCUCUGACCGGGCUGGGCUGCGCAAACACAGCCGCACCCACAGCUCUGUGCGCCCCUACACCUGCCCCCACUGCCCCAAGGCCUUCUUGAGUGCCAGCGACCUGCGCAAGCAUGAGCGUACCCACCCCGUUCCCAUCGGGACCCCCACGCCCCUCGAGCCCCUUGUGGCUUUGCUAGGAAUGCCUGAAGAGGGACCAGCGUGAAGCCCAUGCCCCUCCACCUCACUCCCAGGAGCCCAGGCCUCACGGGGUGCGUCCUGAACCUCUCUUUGCCCCGGCUCACUCUUUAGACUCCAGAUCCCUGCCCCACCCCCGGGCAGCUAGCUCUCCUUGCCAACAAAGAGCUGGGGACGAUGGAGGUGGGCAGCAGCUAUUGAGAGAUGUGUCUCUGAGUAACACUCAUUAAAGCAUUCACUUUGACACUGAGUUGUCUUCUGUGUUUUGGUUGGGUGGAAAGGGAAUGGGAGUUUGGACAUCAGAUAAGGUUCAGUGGAGACCCCUGGAUUGACAGAUAAGAAACUAGAACGGUCUUUGGAUGCAUUGUUUCCCAACAUAUGUUUUCAGAAUGUCUUUUGAAAAAGGGUUCCCUGGUCAAGGAAGUACCAGGAAUUUCCUGUGCCCUUCUUGGGGAUUGUUGGUGAUCAAGAGUGUACUCAAGUCAUUGAUAAAUCCUACAAUGAACAUCUAUUUAGCUCUGUUUAGCCCAUAGUUAUUUCAUCCUGGAAACCUUUUACUGACUAGUUCUGUCCUUUUACAGAUAAUACACAGAGGUCCUAAAUUAGUAUAUUUCCUGUAUACUUCAGUAACAAAUUAGAAAAACUACUUGGGGGACAAAGAGGGACAAACAAAACCCAUAAACUACAAAAGAAUAAACCUCACAAGAAAUAUGCAAAACCUAUAUGAAGAAAAUGGUAUUACUGUCCUGAAGGUUUUAAGACCUAAUUAAAUGGAGACAUACCAUGUACAUGCAUGGAAAGACAUUCUCCCUAGUCUAAUCCUUAGAUUCACUGUCACCCAAAAAGAUUUAUUAACACAACUUGAAAACCCAAAACUCCUGUAAUACAUUUUUAAGAACCAAUGGAGGUGAUGUAUUUGACAUACUAGAUAAACACCAAAGCACUGAAGUUAAAAUAGGUUAUUAUUGGCACAAGAAUAAAUCAGCCAAUGGAGUUGGGGGUGGGAGGGUUUAAAAACAGCCCUAUUUCUGAGAAUUUAGUUUAUGGUAAAUAUGAUUAUUCAAAUCAGUGGGGAAAGGAUGGCUGUUAAAUUACAGUCAUAUCCAUAAUCUGGAAGACUACACAAUUUUUUAAAGACCAAAAAAAAAAAAAAAAGAAACCUCACAUUUAGUAUAAAUUGAUAUAAUUUUUGGGGGGAGAUGAUUUGGUCAUGUUUAUUAAAAAAUUCAAAUGCAUAUACCCUUUGACUUGGCAAGCACAUGUCAAAAAAUUUACACCACAGAGUUCUUUUUCCACUUCCGUGGCAAAGUUGAAGACAAGAAUGCUCGGUGCAGCAAAAUUUGUGAUGACCGGGAAUACCCUAAAUGUCCAUUAGCAAAGGACUAAUUACAUAAAGCUGGCCACUAUAAAAUAUAUUAUGCAGCUGUUUUUUAAAAAUGAGGCCUAUUAACUUAUGUUGUUGAAAGAUAUCUUGAAAAUAUGUCAAGUGAAAAAAAUAAGGUACAAAGCAGUGUGGUUAGCAUGUUCCCAUUAAGUUUAUUUAUUUUUGAGACAGAGCACAAGCAAGGGAGGGGCAGAGAGAGAGGGAGAUACAGAAUCCAAAGAAGGCUCCAGGCUGUGAGCUGUCAGCACAGAAUCUGAUGCGAAGCUCAAAUCCACGAGCCGUUAGAUCCUGACCUGAGCCAAAGUCAGACACUUAACUGACUGAGCCACCCUGACGCCCCUUGAAUAUUUUUAGAAGGGCACUCAAGAACGGACUUUGGAUUAUAAAGUCCAGCCACUAGGGCCUUCCCAAUUUAUAAGCCAAAAUGAAACCAAAGGUCAGAGUGAACCAGUUCCUCCUUUCCAUGCUCUUAUCAUCUCUAGACUUGCUCUUAUCAACACUAGACCAAGUUGGCAGCCUCAGGAAGUGACCCGUGUGCACCCCCUCUCCAGGCCCACAUGCCAGUCAUAGGGGACUUUGCAGUGGCUGGUAAAGUCAGGACUGUUAACACCAGGUAGCUCCAGGAACAGAAAUAGCAAGUAUCCCCUUGAUGUCAGGGACUUCACUCAAGAGUUGUCAUGCCCAGGUCCUCAGACAGUAGCUUUAGAAGAGGUUCUUAUCCCUGUUCUCCAUAGCAGCACAAGGGGACCACAUGGUAGCAGCAGGGACCAGGAUGUCAUAGCUGCGGGAAGAGACACCAGUUUGGCCAAGGACACUCACUGCCUGUUGCCAUUCGCAAAGUAGGACAAGCACUGACUCCAGGCCUUCUGCCUGUACAGGCCGGGAUCAAAGUCUGACAGAAUCCAAGGAAGAAACAAACUGGACUAGGGUAUUGGAAAUGGGGAUUUUUGUUACUACUGACUUGUGAACUUGAGCAAGAUGAUUUAUCUUGGAGAUGACGAGGCACCUUUUAAAAAUUGGUACAAAGAUACCAUAGACCCUAAUCAACAGACACCCAUGGGUAUCUAUCUACAAUGAAGGAUGAAGUGGGUCCUGUGGAGGUUUAGAAGAAAUCCACAACUUCUGCUCCCUUUCUGGGACCAGAUAGCACACCCAUCCCUUGGUCCCCCUCUCUGACACCCCAGGCAUCCCACAUCCCAGUUCCUGCUCCCUGAGGACUCAGAUGGUCUGACUUUUUUAAAAAAAUUAUUUUAACAGCUUUAUUAAGAAAUAAUUUACAUGCCAUACAACUAACCCAUUUGAAGUAUCCAAUUCAGUGGUUUUUAGUUUAUUCACAGGGUUAUGCAACCAUCUCAAUCUAAUUUUAGAAUAGUUUCAUCCCCUUAAAAGAAACUCCAUACCCAUUAGCUGUCACUCCCUAUUGCCCCAACCCCAAUUCCCAACUCCUUUCCCUUAGCCCUAGUCAAUCACUAAUCUACUUUCUGUCCGAUUUGCCUCCUGUGGAUGUUUCAUGUAAAUGGAAUCAUACAAUAUGUAACUGGCCUCUUUCACUUAGCACACGCUUCUCAAGGUUCAUCCAUGCUGUAGCAUUUGUCAGUACUGCAUUCCUUUUUAUUGUCGAAUAAUAUUCCAUUGUAUGGAGAUACUUUUUUUAAUCCAUUCACAAUUGAUGGACAUUUGGGUUUCCUUUGUCUAGUGUGAAUAAUGCAGCUAGGAACAUUCAUAUGAACAUUCUAUGAACAAGUUUUUAUGUGGACAUGUUUUUUAAUUCUCUUGUUUGCGUAUCUACCACUUGAGGAACUGUCAGAAUGUUUUCCAAAUGGC